GGCACCGAGCACCGGGCGGGCACCGCCGGGCGGCCGCAGCACGUCUCCCCUGGCAGCCGGGUGUCCCUUUGUCAGCGCAGCCCUGUGGGGAUUUGUCCCCACCUCUGUGCAGCGCACCCUCUGCGCUCGCAGCCGGCGCUGUUUGCCGUGGGGAGGGCGCAGCGCUGCAGCUUCGGGGACAAAUAACGCCGUUGGGUUUGAUUUCCUGCACCCAGGUUUUUGGCUGCCCAUGGUGGUCGCGGGUGGCCCGGGCGCUCGGGCACGCCGUGGGACCCAGCGUGGCCAUGUAGAGCAGAUGGGGACGGGAUGAGCCCUGCGCUGCGCCUGCUGCUGUCCCUGGCCAGCUGCGCCCUGCUGCGGGGCACACCGCUGCCCCCCCGGGGGGUGCGGCUGUGGGCUCAGAACUUCCACGUGCAGCUGCGGUGGGAGCCCGACCCGCGCGCACAGAACGGGACCGCAUACCAGGUGGAGUGGAGGAAGCGAACCUCUCACUGGACCAGGGCAGACACCUGUGGGGAGAACAGCACCGGCUCAUCCUGGGCAUGUGAGCUGCAUUUCAACGACAUCCAUGGGAUCUACUGGGCGAGAGUGAGAGCAGUGCAGGAUGGCGAGCCGUCCCCAUGGGUCAGUUCCAGCGAGCUGCUGCCAUAUAGAGACACAAUUGUGGGCCCCCCCACCUUUUCCUGGCAGCUCCUGGGCCAUAACCUCAGCAUCAACCUCAGUGCACCACUCACCCCAUACCAGAGCAGGCAUGGAUCCUACAAACCUCUCAGCAGAGUGCUGCGGAAGCUGCGGUACCACCUGCGCCUGUACCGUGAGAAUGUGCUCCAGCAGGAGGUGCCCUGCAGAUGGACCACCAGGAGAGCAUCGUGCACCUUCGGGUUCCUGAUGCCCAGCACGCAGUACUGCGUCCGCACGGUGGCAGUGGGCAUAGAGCCACAACAGAGCCUGGAGGCUGAGCAGUGCCUGGUGACACCGGCGGGUCCUGCAGGCUUCCCCUGGAUGCUCUUGGCUGCGCUGGUUGCUGCCCUCCCGCUGCUGAGCGUGCCUGCUGUCUGCCUGACCUGUGUGUACGCCUUCCCAAAGCCCUCAGAAAUGCACCUCCCAAAAAUGCUGGCUCUGCUGCCCAGCAGCACUGUGGUGCCCACCCUGGAGCUGCAGGAGGACGCACCAGCCCCGCUGCUGCUGGCCCCCAGUGAGCACCCAGCACCCACAGCCCCGCUGCUGCUGGGGGAGUGGUGUUUCCAGGAGAGGAGUGGUUACUGUCCCAAUGGGUUUGGGAUGGAGCGGCACGAGGGCAGGGCUGCACCCAGCUCCCAGCCAAGCUCCUGGGUGCCAGCACCGGAGGAGGAUGAGGAGGAGGAAAGCGAUGGGGAUGCUGCAGAGGUGUCUCCAGCCAGCAGCGUGAUGGAUGGGGACUAUGGGACGUCGGAGACGUGGCUCUCUCCACACCUCCAGCUUUAUUCCACAGCUCUGGGAAUGGGCAGCAGCCUUUCUCCUGCCCUGCAAGCCAUCAGCUUCGGCCCUGAUGAGCUGCAGGAGGGCACAGCUGGGUCCUGGGUACCACUCAGCUCCGUGAGGUUACCAGGGACCGAGCUGGGGGUGGAUGACAGCAGCACACAGCAGCAGGGCUGUCCCUGCACGCUGCCCAUCUGGCACGUGGGCACACCCCACGAGCAGGAGGCGGCAGCACCCCCAGAGCAUCUCUUUGCCGUGCUGGGUGCUCCCGAAGCAGAGUGCAAGGAUUAAGUGCCGCUACCCAACCCCCACAUCUUUAUUUAUCCCCCUGCGGCUGUAUAUACGCGUGUGAAUAGCGUACGGGCUGAUGCAAAUCCGCACAUAGGCACAGACAGACAUCUCUUUGGUAGAGAUUUCUUUUUCACUUGCCGGGACCGCACGGUUGUUAUUACUUUCCCAAUAACACUAAUUUAUUGCUGAAA